UUUCCCAUCUCCAUUUUCAUCAACCUUACCCAACAUGGCAGUCACUACAAUCCCUGAAGUAGUUCUCUCCUCCUCCUCUGGCCAAAGGAGAAUGCCAGUCAUUGGCCUUGGCACAGCUCCUGAAUCUGCAAGUAAGGUUAGCACAAAAGAUGCAGUCAUUGAAGCCAUCAAACAAGGUUAUAGGCAUUUUGAUGCUGCUGCUGCAUAUGGGGUGGAGCCAUCAGUAGGGGAAGCCAUAGCAGAAGCACUUAAACUUGGACUUAUUGCUUCCAGAGAUGAACUCUUCAUUACUUCCAAACUUUGGGUCACUGACAAUCAUCCUGAACUUAUUGUUCCUGCUUUACAAAAAUCACUAAGGACACUUCAGCUAGAAUACUUAGACCUCUUUCUUAUCCACUGGCCCAUUACUACUAAACCAGGAAAGGUUACCUACCCAAUUGAAGUAUCAGAGAUAUUGGAAUUUGACAUGAAGGGUGUGUGGGCAUCAAUGGAGGAAUGCCAAAGACUUGGCCUCACCAAAGCCAUUGGAGUCAGCAACUUCUCUAUUAAGAAGCUUGAAAAAUUGCUACCUUUAGCUACUAUCCCUCCUGCAGUGAAUCAGGUUGAAAUAAAUAUUGGGUGGCAACAAGAGAAGCUCAGAGAAUUCUGCAAGGCAAAGGGUAUUACCUUAACUGCUUUCUCACCUCUUAGGAAAGGUGCCAGUAGGGGAACCAAUCUAGUGAUGGACAAUGAUGUUCUCAAGGAAUUAGCAGAUGCUCAUGGCAAAACUGUUGCUCAGAUCUGUCUUCGAUGGAUAUAUGAGCAAGGGGUGACUGUUGCUGUUAAGAGCUACGACAAGGAGAGGAUGAAGCAAAACUUGCAAAUCUUUGAUUGGUCAUUGACUGAGGAUGAUUACAAGAAAAUAAGUGAAAUCUAUCAAGAGAGACUUAUCAAAGGACCAACCAAGCCUCUUCUUGAUGAUCUGUGGGAUGAUGAGCAGUGACCGAAAUCUGAAAUUCUCGUAUGCUUACUCUGAAUAAGGGAACAGUACUAUCAUCCUUCUGACGAUGCCAAACAUAGAAUGGGAUAUGGAAAGUUGAUAUGUUUUAGAUAUGGUUGUGGGAGUGUUCCUACCUUUUGCCUUUGUUUAGGUGCUAUGUAGUAUUGAAAAUUUCUAAAUUUAAU